AUAAGAGACGCUCAGUUGCAGCUUACUUUCAAUAGGCCCCACCUUGCCAAAAUAACAUGGAGCACGUUUGCUUUCUGGUUGUUCUCGUCGUUACUUUGCAGCUAUCGCUUGCAGCAAGUCAGGAAACCAGCGAUGUUCCAGACAGCUUCAAGAUCUACGAAAACUUCCCAUUCGCCGUUGCGGUAUCGGACAGUGACAACGACCGUAGAUACGAAUGUGUGACGACGAGAAGAAUGUGGCUACUACCGGAAGAAAAGAAAGGAGAAUAUAUUUGGCUUCUGGAAGGCCAUGACGGCAAAUCGAAGCAAACGGUUAGCUUCUACGUAUUUGAAGGAAGCAGCCCUGACACAGUCCGUUUCACAGUGGGCUCUGAGGACUCACCUUCCAAUGAGGCUAAGUUUUACUACAGCGACUAUGAGAACUGCGCCGUGAUCGACAUACCAUACAAUGGACGCCAAUGCAUGCUGUGGACGAAAGAAACAGUCAAAGAUUCGGUGCCCCAAAAAUGCUUGGAUGAGUUCCAGAAGAAUUGUGGCGUCGGCGCUCCACUUUACAACAAGGACCUUUGCAGUAAAGAUGAAGUGGCCGAAUGGUGACGAAGAAAAGAACGCAGCUUAUUGCCACCAGGCUGACAAAUACAUUCAUUUCACCUUCAACACUUUCACUGGAGGCAUCGAUGCAACUAUUGAAUAAAUGCAGAAGAAAAAAAAGAACACCAGAAAA